AUGAGACUCAUAACCUUCCCAGGCCAGGGAACAUCCAUCUCCAUCCCAGUGCUCAAAGCUCUCAUAAGAAACAAAUCCAAGCAAUUCCAACUCAUACUGAACAACAACGGCACCAACGCCAAUGACCUGCUGAACUUCAUCUUCCGCAACCCUUCCAACCCAGGAUCCAUCGCCGUGUGCUCCAACCUACUCUACCAAUUGUACAAGAUAUCCUCCCUCACUCCCACACCAGCCGAUGAACCACCGCUUUUAUUAGGCCAUUCACUGGGCGAACUCACUUGUCUCUCCAUCAACAACCUCUUCACACUCAACGAUCUAUUCAAAAUAUCAAACUAUCGUAACGAUCUAAUGAUCAAAUACACCGAGAAAUACCUCAUCGCUCACAAGAUAAACCAUUCCAGUAAGUUCGAAAUGUGGGCCCUCUCAUCACCAAACGCCUCUGAUCUCCCGGAACAAGUAUACCAAUUACUGACGUCGUUGCCCAUACCGAAUGGCACAGUCUCCAUAGCAAACGCAAACUCACCAAAGCAAUGCGUCGUCACGGGGCUCGUCGAGGAUCUGGAGUCUCUAAGAACAGAACUACAUAUCUCAUUCCCGAAAUUGAGAAUCACUGAAUUGACAAACCCAUCAAAUAUACCCUUCCAUAAUGAUAGAAUAUUGAGACCCAUCCAAGAACCACUCUACGAUUACAUUUGGUCCAUCUUGAAACAGAAUAAUACUCAGACAAUGACGGAAUUGCCCAUGGGCAUCAUCGCGAAUUUGGACGGUGGUGUCUCCAGAUUUGUUCAUCAUGCCCUAGAGAAAUUCAUCAAGUGUUCCUCCAACACGGUGGAGUUCACCAAGUGUUACGAAACUAUUAAUAAUAAGGCGUUUAAUGUCACGGAUUCAGUGUGUAUUGGACCGGGGAACGUCAUAUUUAAUCUCGUAAGGAGGAAUUGUCCCGAUGUGGUGCCCUUUGAGUAUUCGUCUUUGACAACGGUCAAUUUGUUCCAUGAACACGAGCUGCAAUUGCAGGAGGACAAGAAGUAA